AUGCCAUGUGUCCCGCGGAGCCGGGCGGCGCGCAUGGUCUCCCUCUGGCUGCUCGUCCUGCACGCCCAAGCGCCCUGCCUGGGCAGGGCCCCGCCGGCCGGCGGCUCGCCCUUCCCCGACGGCAGGCAAGGGCAAUUUGUGAAGACAUUGCCAGAAUACCAUGUGGUUGAUCCAGCAAGAGUAGAUGCAAGUGGGCAUUUUCUUUCAUUUAACCUGCACCAUCACAUCUCAAACACGAGGAAGAAGAGAGAUCUCGGGAAAAAUGAAAAUGUUGUAUAUUACAAAAUUAGUCAUGAGGAGAAGGAUCUGUUUUUUAAUUUGACUGUCCACGUGGGAUUUCUUUCCCAUAACUAUGUAGUAGAAAGGAGACGUGGCAACCACACUAGUGCGAAGAUUGCAACUCACUCAGGAGCUCCUUGCCACUUCCUUGGCACAGCAUGGCAGCCAGGUUUUGAGAGUGGGACAGCAGCAAUCAGCACUUGCAAUGGCCUGACUGGAUAUUUCCAUCUACCCCAUGGGGAUUACUUCAUUGAGCCUAUUAAAAAGCAUCCACAGAAGGAGGGAACACCCCAUCCUCAUAUUAUAUAUGGGGCAAAUAACCUUCAAAAUGCUUUAAGGAGAAGACGGGCCACCCUGAUGGAAAGAGAACAAGCAUGUGGAUUGAAUGAUACCCACAGCUUUUUCGAACAGCAGCAGCUUCAGAGGGAGAGGUGGGAACGAAAUCACACGGCUACCAGAAAGGUUUCGCGGCGCUCUGUCAGCAAGGAGCGGUGGGUGGAGACACUUGUGGUUGCAGACAGUAAGAUGGUUGAGUACCAUGGAAGUGAUCACGUGGAGUCAUAUAUCCUCACUAUAAUGAAUAUGGUCACAGGAUUGUUCCACGAUCCAAGCAUUGGCAAUGCAAUUCACAUUGUACUGGUCCGGCUCAUCCUCUUUGAGGAGGAAGAGCAAGGCUUGAAGAUAGUACACCAUGCUGAUAAGACAUUAGCCAGCUUCUGCAAAUGGCAGAAGAGUGUCAAUCCGAAGAGUGAUGUCAACCCCACGCACCACGAUGUGGCCGUCCUCCUCACCAGAAAGGACAUUUGUGCUGGCAUGAAUCGUCCAUGUGAAACCUUAGGUUUGUCUCACCUGUCAGGCAUGUGUCAGCCUCACAGAAGCUGCAACAUCAAUGAAGAUUCUGGCCUUCCGUUGGCUUUCACUAUUGCUCAUGAACUUGGACACAGUUUUGGAAUCCAGCAUGAUGGAAAAGAGAAUGACUGUGAGCCUGUUGGAAAGCGCCCAUAUAUUAUGUCCCGACAGUUGCAAUAUGAUCCCACGCCGCUCACCUGGUCGCAGUGCAGCAAGGAGUACAUCACACGUUUCCUAGACCGAGGGUGGGGAUUCUGUCUUGAUGAUAUCCCCCAAAAAGAAGUUUUAAAGUCCCCAGUCAUUGCUCCUGGAGUGAUUUAUGAUGUGCACCACCAAUGCCAGCUUCAGUAUGGUUCCAAUGCUACCUUCUGUGAAGAUGUGGACAACCUUUGCCAAACACUCUGGUGCUCAGUGAAAGGCUCCUGCCGCUCCAAACUGGAUGCAGCUGCAGAUGGCACUCGGUGUGGAGAAAACAAGUGGUGCUUCUCUGGUGAGUGUAUUACAGUAGGCAAGACUCCUGAAGUAAUCCAUGGCGGAUGGGGGAUUUGGUCAUCAUGGUCCCAUUGCACAAGGACAUGUGGGGCAGGAGUUCAAAGCGCAGAGAGACUGUGCGAUAACCCAGAACCACAGUUUGGAGGGGACUACUGCACUGGAGAAAGGAAACGCUAUCGCAUGUGUAACAUCAGCCCGUGUCGCAAAGACUUGCCAACCUUCCGUCAGAUGCAAUGCAGUGAAUUUGACACAGUUCCCUACCAGAAUGAGUUCUACCACUGGGUCCCUGUUUAUAACACAGCAAACCCCUGUGAGCUCCACUGUCGCCCAGUAGAUGGCCAUUUUUCAGAGAAGAUGCUUGAUGCAGUCACUGACGGUACUCCUUGCUUUGAAGGAAGGCACAGCCGAGAUAUCUGUAUUAAUGGCAUGUGUAAGACUGUUGGCUGUGAUUAUGAGAUAAAUUCCAAUGCAACGGAAGACCAGUGUGGAGUUUGCCUGGGAGACGGCUCUGCUUGUCGUACAGUGAAGAUGGUGUUUAAUCAAAGUGAAGGAUUUGGAUAUGUUGAUAUUGGGCUAAUUCCAAAAGGUGCGAGGGGAAUCAAAGUCAUGGAAGUUGCAGAAGCAGGAAAUUUCCUUGCUGUGCGAAGCAAAGACCCAGAAAAAUACUACCUGAAUGGAGGCUUUAUCAUCCAGUGGAAUGGUGAAUACAAAGUGGCAGGCACAGUAUUUCAGUAUGACAGAACAGGGGAUCUAGAAAAUCUGACUGCUCCAGGACCCACCAAUGAAUCAAUAUGGAUUCAGCUACUUUUUCAAGAAACUAACCCUGGAAUCAAGUAUGAAUACACUGUACGUAAAGAAGAAAGUAAUGAGAAUGAGAUUGGAGAGCCAGAGUAUUUUUGGCAAUAUGGAGACUGGACGGCCUGCAGUGUUACCUGUGGAAGAGGGGUGCGGCGCCAGGUCGCCCACUGCGUGUGGAAGGGGAGCGGAGCAAUCAAGAACUCCUUCUGUGAUCCAGCAACUCAGCCCAACGGGAGGCAGAAGAAAUGCUACGAGAAGGACUGUCCGCCCAGGUGGUGGGCAGGGGAGUGGCAGAAAUGUUCAACCACAUGUGGCCCAACAGGCCUGAAGAAGCGAACUGUACUUUGCAUCCAGACGGUGGGAUCUGAUGAGCAGGCACUGGCUGUGACAGAGUGUCAGCACCUGCUUAAACCAAAGACUCAUCUGUCAUGCAACAGAGAUGUCUUGUGCCCAUCUGACUGGACAGUGAGCAACUGGACUGAGUGCACAGUUACCUGCGGUGGUGGAAUAAGGACUCGUAACGUCACUUGUGCCAAAAAUAACGAUGAGCCAUGUGAUAGUUCCAAGAGACCAAACUCUAAGGCCCUGUGUGGUCUUCAGCAAUGCCCUUCUGCUGGAAGGUUCCUGAUGCCCCCACUGGCACCCAGAAGAGGCAAGAUCAUAAUUAGAAAAACAACUACUAAUUCUGAACGGAAUCUUCCUGGCAGGAUUCUCAGACCAAGCCCAAGGUCCUACACAACAACAAAAACACCCAAGCCUGAAAGUGUAACUCCCAGUUUGCCUACAUCCUCAGAAACAGAGGGAAUAGCCAACAGAACAUUACAAAAUAAUUUUGCUGGACCAAAUGAUGUUUACAAUUAUCCAGUUUUUUCUACUGAAAACAGUUCAUAUCAAAAUACUACUUCAUGGCCUCUUCAUAACAGCUUAAGUACUGAAAUUUUAAGGCCUUCUGAAAAUACUUCUGAAAGUGAGCCAGUUUCUACUACAGAGUGUGAGAUGCACAGAAGUGAGGACACUCCUGUUUCAUUGUUUACUAGUAAUCCAGAAAUAACCUCCAGCUAUGAUUACUUAACCGAAGAAUCUGAUGACAUUGAUGGGCCUCUUGGAGUCAGCAAGAAACCAGCUGAUCUCUUUUACAGCACAGAACUCAAUUCUGAAAUCAGAACCAGAAGCACAACCCUAGACACUGUCUCUUCUCUCCUUCAAAAUGAGAGCACGACUCCCCUGUCCCCACCAGCAUCUCACCACCAAGACCCUUCUUUGCUGCUUCCUGAUAGCAGAGCAGCACAAGGGCUGGCAUUUCCAACAACAGCAAACUAUAUCAGCCUGCAGGUUGGUGUGCCUGUUGUAGAAGUAACUACCCCACAAGCACCAGUUGCAGAAACACCUACAGUGCUUGGACAUGUACCAAGAGACCAGACUGACAACAGAAAAGAAGCAAAGCUGCCUGACACAGUAACUACCAGCAUGCAAUCCUCAGCUCUUGAGCAUGCUCUGAGGAACCAAAGUGCAACAUCUGAGGGUGUUUUAGUGAAUGCCACAGAAAACAGCCAUGUAAUAGCAUCCAACAGUUUGCCUGGUGAUGCCUACUGGAUAGUAGGCAACUGGAGUGAGUGCUCCACCACCUGUGGAAUGGGGGCUUUCUGGAGACUGGUGGAGUGCAGCAGCAGGAACACAUCUCAUUGUCAGCACAUCAAAAAGCCUGAUCCUGCAAGAAAAUGUUAUCUCCGCCCGUGUGCUAGCUGGAAAACAGGAAAUUGGAGCAAGUGCUCUGCGAACUGCAGCGGUGGCUUCAAGACCCGAGACGUUCACUGCAUUGAUGUCCGUGAAAAGCGACUUCUCAGGCCUUUCCAUUGCCAGUUACUCGGAUAUAAACCACAACUCAGCACUAGGUGUAACACAGAGCCUUGCUUGCAGUGGCAUGUGGAGCCCUGGAAUGAGUGUUCAAGAACAUGUGGUGGUGGCCAGCAAAAGCGACACAUCUACUGCCCAGAAGAAGGGCACUGUGACUGGACCAAAAGACCCAAUGCCACUGCAUCCUGUAACAAGCAGCCUUGUACACAGUGGAUUAACCAGGCCUGGAGCCCGUGCACUGUUUCUUGUGGAGGGGGCUUUCAGCAAAGAACUGUGAAAUGUGUGAAGACAGAAACUAAUGAAACUGAAGAUGACAGUAUGUGUGUGGACAAAGCCAAGCCAACAGAGCAUCAGAAAUGCAAUCUGCAAGAGUGCAGGAAACGUACAGGGCUGCCCUGCACCAAAGACCAGCUGUCAGUUCACUUCUGUCAGAGGCUGAAAGGCAUUGGCAAGUGCUUGCUGUCAUCAAUACAGACUCAGUGCUGCUUCACGUGUAGUCAGCCCCGAAUCCGUAACAAAGCAAGAUAUGGAGAUCAGCAAGGCCUCAGACAACAAAAUUACACUAAAUCUAGAAGAAAAUCACCUCAAAUCCAAGAAAACAACAACCAAGCAGCUUGGCACUAGCUGUUAUUAUCUUUUUGCUUUGAGUAGGGCUUCUGUUUACAGGUUUUAUGUUCCUUAUUUUUUUCUGAACCAUCCAACAUAAAUGGAAAUCUGUGAUCAAAACCGGGAAAACACAUUGCCUAGGGUUAUAAGUCCUAAUUUACUGCUUCUUUCUCUUUUUUUCUCUGUAAUAGUCCAAAAAUUGUAACAUAAUUUGCAAAGUACCAGCAGCUAGUACUUCUUAGGCAUGCAUAGGUGCUAGAAACAAGCUUGCAAGAAUUUUCCGAUUGUUUUAAUUGAAUGUUUUACAUGUUCUUUCUUCCAUCUCUUUUCUGAAACCAACUUGAAACACCAGUACUGCUUACUCGAGAGUGUUUAGUGAAGGUGGGCAGUUGGGCAGCAGACACAGACUUGCACCAUGGGCCAGUUCUCUUUGAGGCCACUUGCCUUUCUUUCUUAGAAAUCCAGGUGAAGUGGCAGUGUUUCUCUAAAGUCAUUGCUCACUUCAUAAAUUUAAAAGCAAAGCUUCAUAAUAACUGUUUGUGGUAGGCUGAAUUGAAACAUUGGAUUUUUCAGAAGAAAAGAAAACUUCAUUUAAUACUUGAUUGAACCUCUUAAGGAUACCUCAGCCAUAGCCUGUUAUCACCAGUUUUCUUUUGCUACAAAUGUCUUGCCGUAAGCUGAGAACCCCAUCAAAUACGGGAUGUUAAGUUCUCAAAUAUGUUUUAACCUUUCUUGGUACCAUAAAAGCAAAGCUGUUUGUAUCUACCACCUUAAUGGAGUCAUAGAAUCAUUUAGGUGAAAAAGAUAAACAAGUCCAACCUCUCACCCAGUACUGCCAAGUCUACCACUAAAUCAUGUCCUUAAGUGCCACAUCUACAGGUCUUUUUUACACAUUUAGGAGAGAAACCAGCAAUAUCUGUUAUACAGUUUUAUACAGUCCAUUUGAUAGAA